GGUGGACGGCCAAUGGUCAACAUACAAGUAUGCUCCUACAAUAUUCUGAUCAUUAGCAGACUCUCGUACGUGCAGAGUCUUGUUGCACAACCACCUUUCAGGACGUCCUUUUGUUGGAGUUGCUCAUAGUCCAAGCGUGAGCUAUUUUGAGUGGUGAUGCACUUCAAAAUUGCCCUCGAGGAAGGGUUUGCGCUACCAUCGUCCCUGGCGCAGAACAGUCCGAUAGGAUUCACUCCUGCCAAUGCUUCUCCAGAAGAACACCUCAGCACAAAUCUGCUUGACAUCCAUGGGCAUCGUCUUCGUCAAAUGGACGAGAAUGGUGUUGAGCUAAUGAUCUUGUCACUCAACUCUGCCGGCUGUCAAGGUCUCUCCGAUCAGACCGCUGCAGAAACGUUAUCGUCGUCGGCCAAUGACUAUCUCGAGGACCAGGUUAUGAAAAACCCGAAGCGUUUCGCUGCAUUCGCCGCCUUGAGUAUGCAUGAUCCGAAGCAGGCUGCCGAUGAAUUGACACGAUGCAUGACGAAGAAGAAGGGUUUCGUCGGUGCGUUGUUGAAUGAUUUCCAAAGCAGUGGUCCGAACGGUAAUACGAUGUUGUUCUAUGAUCACCCACGGUACGACGUUUUCUGGCAGGCUGCAGCUGAUUUGCGGGCGCCAGUCUAUAUCCAUCCAAGGACGCCGACGCCCCUGAUCAAUGAGCAAAUGUGGAAGGAUCGACCGUGGCUGAACUUGAGUGUUUUGGGAUUCGCCAACCGUGUAAACAUGCACUUGCUCGCCAUUAUCACUGCCGGUGUGCUCGACAGAUUUCCUGAUCUCAAGCUGGUCAUCGGACACAUGGGGGAACACAUUCCAUUCGAAAUGUACCGCCUUGACCAUAAGCUAGAUCGUGCGAGGUUUCCAAACAUGAAGAUGAGGAAGGACAAAUUGAUCAGGGAUUAUUUCGGAGAGCAGGUCUUCAUUACCACCAGUGGGCAUUUCAGUACACCUGCCCUGGUAUGUUCCAUAUCAGAGAUCGGGUCAAAAAGCUGCAUGUUCAGCAUCGACUAUCCCUUUGAAAGCAUCCCGAAUGCUUGUGUAUGGUACGACGAGAUACAGCUCAAUCAGCAUGAUCUUGUGGAUAUUGGAAGGAACAACUGUUUGAGGCUUUUCCCCAAGUUGAUGCAGGAUCCGCAUAAUUUGAGCAUCAAGAGCGCCUGGGAUUGUGGCAUUGGGGGUCUGAGGAACGGGGAGACCACAUACGGGCUAUUCAACAAGUCCUUCAACCAUAGAUUGAUAAAGCAAUGAAUGUGUUUGCAAGGUUGGAACUCGUGGCGAUAAUGUGAGU